AUGAGUCGAAUUUAUCUCUUAUUAUUCUUGAAUAUCAUUCUUCCCGCGGCAGCCAUCACAUUGCAAGAUCAGAUUGAUCAACUAUCCAAAAUUGAUCAGGAAAAUAUUGUUCACGCCCUCCUGCCAUUUUCGUCAUCGAGAAAUGCUAUAGCAACAAUUGAUGUCAAUUGGUGUUGUCGAAUUGAUCCUGGUGUUGAAGCAACAUCGUAUACGCGACAAACAACCUAUUAUGUAGUCAAACACGGGCGUCAUAAAUGCGGCUAUGACGGAUGUGGUUUUCUCGGAUGGAGCCGUUGUACACGUUGGUGCGAAGAAACAUGGACAGAAGUGCAACAUGGCGUCGAAACUUAUUUAGUUUACAAGCAACGUGUUUGUCCUCAAGAACAAUUAACAUGUUGUGCACAGCAUAUCUAUGUUCUUGGCCAUUGUUUUUCCUAUGAAGAAAUCUAUAAUAAUCAGCAACUAUUGGCACAAUUAAACGAAUUAGGAAUUGUUAUUCCCGGACCUUCUGUGGGUUAA